CCAGCUGGGCGAGCCUAGGAGGCAGGAGGUGAGUGGGGCCGGACUCAGGGACCAACUCUUCCCGUCUCAUGACUGUGUUUACUGGGCUGGAUUUUGAGAAGGGGCCAGAUUGCAUCAGACAGGGCCUGAUGGGCUGGAGCCAGACUGUGGUCUGAGGAGGAGACACAGCCUUAUAAGCUGAGGGAGUGGACUGGGAGUGGAGAGGCACGGGGCCAGGAAAGCAGAGAAAGACAAAGCGUUAGGAGAAGAAGACAGGCAGGGAGGACAGGCCGGGCACGAUGGCCACCUUCCCACCAGCAACCAGCGCCCCCCAGCAGCCCCCAGGCCCAGAGGACGAGGACCCCAGCCUGGAUGAAUCUGACCUCUACAGCCUGGCCCAUUCCUACCUGGGGCGUCUCAUCAUGCCUUUGCCCACUUCACCUCUGACUCCUGCCUUGGUUACAGGAGGUGGAGGCCGGAAAGGUCGCACCAAGAGAGAAGCUGCUGCCAACACCAACCGCCCCAGCCCUGGCGGGCACGAGAGGAAACUGGUGACCAAGCUGCAGAAUUCAGAGAGGAAGAAGCGAGGGGCACGACGCUGAGACAGAGCUGGAGAUGAGGCCGGACCAUGGACACUACACCCAGCAAUGGAGACAGGACUGCGGAGGAAGGAAGAACCAAGACAGGAUCCAGGCCAGCUUGCCACACCCCCCACCCCUGGGACUUAUCCCCGCUGACUGAGUCUCUGAGGGGCUACCAGGAAAGCACCUCCAACCCCAGCAAAAGUGCAAGAUGGGGAGUGAGAGGAAGGGAAUGGAGAGGCAGAGCCAGGAAGAUACCCCCAGAAAAGAAAGCGACAGAAGAAACUGGGGCUCCUCUAGGGCGGCAGCACCAAUAAAUAGACGCGCACGGCAGCCACAGCUUGGGUGUGUUUUCAUCCUUG